AAGAACAAAACCAUAGGCCAAAUCAUCCGAUGGGUCUGGACAACGGACACAACAAGGCGGCCGCCGGCCAUCCAGAUAAGCAAUUUCCGUCGCUGUCGUCGUCACAACCACCACCGGAAUUCUUCCUCCACCACCUGUUCAAACAAACUCCUAAGAUGGUGAUCAUCUUUGCCACGGUGGCGCUUUCAUGCUUGGUUCUUUAUCACUCUUCCGGCGACUACAACCCUUUCGACGCCGGCGAACACCCUGCCGAUUCAGGCAUCAAUCUUGGUGAGUUGAAAAGCAUACUAGAAAACGCAACAAUGGAUAAUAAUACAGUUAUACUUACGACACUGAACGACGCAUGGGCUGAACCAAACUCUAUGUUCGAUCUUCUUUUGGAAAGUUUUCGAAUUGGUAAUCAAACAAAGAAGUUUUUGAAACACUUGGUCGUCAUAACUUUAGACCAAAAAGCAUAUGCUCGUUGCCUGAAGUUACAUCCGCAUUGUUACAAUCUUAGCACCAACGGUAUGGACUUUUCAGGGGAGGCAUAUUUUAUGGCAGUUGAUUAUUUGAAGAUGAUGUGGAGAAGAAUCGAUUUUCUACGCACGGUUCUUGAUUUAGGAUAUAGCUUCGUGUUCACGGAUGCAGACAUAAUGUGGUUUAGAGAUCCAUUUCCACAGUUUGAUAAAGAUGCAGAUUUCCAAAUUGCUUGUGAUUAUUUUAAAGGAAACCCAUAUGACCUAAGAAACCUACCAAAUGGAGGUUUUAACUACGUGAAAUCGAACAAGAAGACCGUUCGAUUUUACAGAUUUUGGUACAAUUCAAGGUUGACUUAUCCAGGUCUUCAUGAUCAAGAUGUAUUCAACAAGAUCAAGUUCAAUCCCUUCAUAAAAAACGUCGGAUUACGGAUCGUGUUUCUCGAUACUGGUUAUUUUGGCGGGUUUUGUCAGCCAAGCAAAGAUCUAAACAAGGUCUGCACAAUGCAUGCCAAUUGUUGUGUUGGUUUGGAUAACAAGGUUCAUGAUCUUGGAAUCAUGCUCGGUGAUUGGCGCAAGUAUACACGAUCGCUCGUGAAUCAAAGAACGAUGCACGAGUCUCCAGUUUCGUGGACGGUUCCUCAGCUUUGCAGGGGUUCAUUCCAUCGUCCUCGUGCCCCGACAAAGAAAGAUGGUCGUGGAAGGAUGAGUUGAUGACGGAUCUCAUAAAAUGUUGACGAUAACGUCAAGAUUUUGGAUGCAAGCAUAUCCAAAACAUUAAGUUUUGUUUUAUAUUUCAGGAACUGUAUAUAAGAUGGUAUAAUCAAGAAACUGUUGAUAUAAAACGUGAAAAUGAAAUUCUUUAGACUUCAAAC